CGCACGUAAUGAGACUCCUUCUCCUACCAACAUCACACCAAGCAACCGCACUGAGCUGUUAGUACAUUCACAGCAACAAAACCAAGACCAUCAUCAACCAACCCAAAUAAACAACAAAAAGUGUAUCAGAACCUCACAACCUCACUCACGACAUUGACCUUUUUGCUCCGCAAACCCCAACUCUCCAACAACACCAAUAACACAACCCCACCACUCAAUCACCACCACACUCUCCAAAUCUACGCGGACUCUUCAGCUCACGGACACACCGAAAAGAGGGGGAAAAAUGGACAACAAAUCUUCCACCCCCCGCAUCACCUGCGCCUAUCUCAGCCAGUAUGUCGGCAAGCUCGUGACGGUCGUAGGCAAAGUUGUCCAGCUACGCGGCGAGGAGGCGACUAUUGACGCUGAUGGGACCAUUCAUGCAUUCUUGAACCGCGAAGCACACCUCUCAGCAAACAACGGCGUCCAACUCAUCGGCAAGGUCAACCCGGAUCUUUCCAUCAAAGUGCUUAGCUCCGUUGAUUUGGGGCAGGGUGUUGACUACAACCUAGCAAACGCUGUCGUGGAAGUCACUCAUCGUUACAAGCCCCUCUUUGUGUACGAGAAUUAAGGUGAGAGGGCGCGAGGAAACCACUACACCCAGAAA